CUGGUUCGUUUCUCGGCCAGCUGGAUGUUUUUGUUUACUUCUUGCUUGCCUCCAGCGGCUUUUCUGUCGUUCUAGAAACAUCGGUAAUCGAUGUGAUUUGAAAUUGUGUGAUUGUUUUGAGUAAUGUCAUGUGAGAUAUAAAACUCGUGGGCGUUUUUUCACGUGGAAACUGUAAGAAAAUAGCAAUAUUUUAAGUCGUAUUUAGGUAAUUCUUGUAUUGGCGGGGCACAGUUGACCACCCAGUCAAAGAAACUGCCAGUUUUUUUUGUGUUAAGAAGCAAAAAUGGCUUCAGAGAGGGACGGAGUUGAUGUCGAAAUCGACGACAGUGACAUAGACAUCGACAAGAUUGUAGAAGGAGAAUUGGCAGCCAAAGAGAAUGCUACAGUGAACGAGAACCUGAUCAAACGCAAGCCCAAGAAGGUCCACAGGCAAAACUCCAAGGAGAAUGUUGUCAGCAGUGGCUUCGUGCAUGGUCCCAGGUCUUGGAAGAAUAGCCGCAGGUCUAGAAAUGGUUACGGAAGAGGCUUACCCAAGAAGGGUGGCGCUGGGGGUAAAGGUGUAUGGGGCUUGCCCGGCUCAGAACUCCUGGAAACCUAUGAAGAUGUCGACGAUCCCAAUUUUGAUAACGAGAACCUGAACAACGGUGAUAUAGAACUAAAGGCUGUCGUGCCUGAGGUGUCCGAUGAAGAAAUAAAAAAGAAAGUAGAACCCAUUAUCUUAGAAUAUUUCGAGAAUGGGGACACCCACGAAGCUAUUCUUUCCAUAGAGGAACAGAUACCCGCGAAUCGUCGAGAUGCUCUCGUAGAGCAACUCAUUGAAAUAGCGAUGGAUCACAAACCGUCUCACCGAGAAAUGACGUCCGUGCUGAUUUCAGACCUAUUUCCCCACGUCAUCGCUGAAACGGACAUUAGCAAGGCAUUUGAGAACCUCCUUGCUAAUCUGAACGAUUUGAUUCUGGAUAUUCCAGACGCACCCACUGUACUUGGCAAUUUCAUUGCGCGAGCUAUCGCUGACGACUGUAUCCCCCCGAAGUUCAUCCAGAGAACUAGAGAAAAGAGCGAUAAUAAAGAAUUGCAGGAGGCCCUCAUUCGAGCCGACACUCUCCUGUCGAUGAAGCACGGAUUGGUGCGCCUGCACAACGUCUGGGGCGUUGGAGGGGCCCUGAGGCCCGUCAAGGCUCUGACACGGCAAAUGUCGUUGCUUCUGCAAGAAUUCAUAUCAUCCAGGGACAUCGAAGAGGCGAGCCGCUGCCUUAGGCUUCUGGAGGUGCCGCACUUCCACCACGAGCUGGUGUACGAGGCUAUAGUCAUGGCUCUGGAGGCUAAUAGCGCUUCAAAGGAGGAGGCGCUUUGCACUCUCCUCAAGGCCUUCUCCGAUGCCAUUUUGAUUACCCCGGAUCAGAUGGAGCACGGUUUUCUGCGCGUGUUUGACGAUCUCCCCGAUAUAUCCAUGGACGUCCCCCUGGCUUACAUAAUCCUGGACCGUUUUGUGGAUCGCUGCCAUAACUCGGGCUUCCUCACCGAAAACAUCAUCAAGAAAUUGCCCGCUCGCGGACGCAAGCGUUUCGUGUCCGAGGGCGACCAGCAUUUCAUUAAAAACUACAAAAUUAUUCAUUGAGGGUGGCUCAUAAUGAGACAUCGUACUACGCCUGUAGUUUUUCAUGAGGAUAUGCAUUUGUACGUUUUUCUUUCUAUUAGCACUAGGUGCAAAUUCAAUAAAUAAAUUGAAGUGUUACUUUUUGUAUAUGUUCUAUGGAAAUAAAGAUUAUUUCAAGUUAA